AGUAGAAAGUGUUAUCACCAAACAAAUUGUAUAAGAAAUAAUCUAAUUAAUAAUAUAUAAAAGUAAGUAUAGAGAAUCAAUAAUGGACACUCCAAUUGUUGCUCUUACAUUAGUAGUCCUCCUCUUUUCAAAAUCUGUACCAGUGUUUGGUACCAUUGAUAUUCUCCCAAUUAGCUAUAAUGAUGUGAAUCGCUUGGAAUUUUCUUUGAAUCUUGAGUUUUUGGCAGCUGAAUUCUUCUUGUACGGAUCAUUGGGUUAUGGUUUGGACAGAGUUGAUCCACAACUGGCCAAAGGUGGCCCACCUCCCAUUGGUGCUACAAGGGCCAAUUUGGAUAAUCUCACAGCAGAUAUCAUUACACAAUUCGGAUAUCAGCAAGUUGGAAACAUCAGGGCUAUUGCAAAUACAGUGAGAGGGUUCCCAAGGCCACUAUUGAAUAUAAGUUCAGCAGUAUUUGCAAGAGCAAUAGACAUUGCAUUUGGCAGAGACUUAAGACCACCCUUUAAUCCUUACAGAAAUAGCAUUAAUUUUCUUAUAGCAUCGUAUGCUAUGCCUUCUACAGCACUCGCUAGCUACGUUGAAGCAAACCCAAACCUCAGUAGAUCUACUUUCAAAGCACUUGUGGCAGGUCUUUUGGGUGUGAAAGCAGGGCAAGAUGGUGUGAUUAGAGCAUUGUUGUACCAGCGUAGAGAUACAAGAGUAGAGCCAUAUAAUAUAACAGUGGGGGAGUUCACAAAUCGAAUUUCUGAGCUAAGGAACACACUUGGACGAGGUGGUGUGAAAGAAGAAGGGCUUAUAAACGUCACAACAUCUUUAGGGGUUGGCGGAAUUAGGGUUUCCACCGGAAAUGUGUUGUCUGCAAACAUUGACUCACUUUCGUAUGGAAGGACGCCAGCUGAGAUACUUCGAAUUGUUUAUGGAACUGGUAACGAACGUAGGCCUGGGGCCUUCUUUCCCAAUGGAGCUAAUGGUCGUAUUGCUACCAUCUUAUCUGCCUAGCUAAUAAUAACAUUAUUAAUUUAUAACCAUAAAAAUAAUAUUCCAUGUUCCAUAUACUCCUCCUCUUAAGUAAUAACAAUCAAUGUAUUGUACCCUUAUAUAUAAUAAUAAUAAAUUUAUAAAUGUGUAUGAUCUCUUAUAAAACAUCUCCCUAUAAACAUUUC